AUGCCGUGUAUCGGUGUGCAAUUGCAAAUUGAUGACCACCAUGUGAUGAUUGAUAACGGGAUACUGCAAGUUACAUUAUCGAAACCUGAGGGCAUUGUGACCGGUAUACGUUAUAAUGGGCUUGAUAAUGUGCUCGAGGGUCUUAACAAUGAAAGUGACCGAGGAAAAUGCAGGUAUUGGGAUGUCGUUUGGAGUGCUUUAGAUGGCUCGGGAAGAACAGGAGUAUUUGAAGUGAUCAAAGCCACAAGUUUCAAGGUGAUUGUGGAAAGUGAGGAAGUAGUUGAGGUUUCCUUUUCAAGGCAAUGGGAUCCUUCCCUUAAAGGAAAGUUUGUUCCUUUAAACAUAGACAAGAGGUUCAUUUUGCUUCGUGGUUGCUCUGGUUUCUAUACUUACGCCAUUUACGAACAUUUGGGUUCACAAGAAUGGCAACCCUUCAGUCUUGGUGAAACACGAGUUGCAUUCAAGCUCAGAAAAGACAAGUUUCACUACAUGGCGGUGGCAGACGAUAGGAGAAGAUACAUGCCAUUGCCGGAUGACCGGUCGCCAGGAAGAGGACAACCCCUCGCGUAUCCAGAAGCCGUGGUACUCGUCAAUCCAGUCGAACCCGACUUCAAAGGAGAGGUGGAUGACAAGUACCAGUAUACCUGCGAGAAUCGAAACCUAAUGGUUCAUGGCUGGAUAUCAAAUGACCCUCCCUUAGGGUUUUGGCAGAUCACUCCUAGUGACGAAUUUCGAACCGGUGGACCCUUGAAACAAAACCUUUGUUCGCAUGUCGGCCCUACUUGUCUAGCCGUUUUUGUUGGUGCUCACUAUGCCGGAGAUGAUCUAGUCCCAAAAUUUGGUGAGGGGGAGCCAUGGAAGAAGGUGUUUGGACCAGUUUUUAUCUAUCUCAACUCACUCAUGGAUGGAUCAGACCCUCUUACGCUUUGGGAAGAUGCAAAAAGACAGAUGACGGUUGAGGUGAAGAGUUGGCCUUAUAGUUUUCCGGCAUCUGAAGAUUUUCCCAAAUCAAAUGAACGAGGCAAUGUUUAUGGGAAACUACUCGUUCGCGAUAGAUUCGUUAAUGACAACGACAUGCCAAUAAAUGGUGCGUAUAUCGGGUUAGCUCCACCGGGCGAAAUCGGAUCGUGGCAAAAAGAAUGCAAGGAUUACCAAUUUUGGACGGAAACAUAUGAGAACGGAGAUUUUUGCAUUAACAAUAUAAGAACGGGCGUCUACAACCUAUACGCUUGGGUCCCCGGAUUUCUUGGUGACUACCGAAAUGAUGUUACUAUAACCAUCACCCCAGGUUGUCAAAUUAACGUAGGUACUCUCGUCUACGAGCCUCCAAGAAGUGGUCCUACAUUGUGGGACAUCGGGAUCCCAGAUCGAUCCGCUGCAGAAUUCCAUGUUCCGGAUCCUAACCCGCAAUACGUGAACAAGCUUUUUCUCGAUCAACCUCAUAACAAUUUUAGGCAAUAUGGAUUGUGGGAAAGAUACGGGGAGUUGUACCCUGAAGGAGACUUGGUGUUCACGAUUGGAGAUAGUGAUUAUAGUAAAGAUUGGUUUUAUGCUCAAAUUCCAAGGAGAAAAGCAGAUAACUCAUAUGAAGGAACAACGUGGCAGAUCAAGUUUAAGCUAGAGGACGUCCAACAAACUGCUAUUUAUAAGCUACGAAUAGCGUUGGCCGGUGCAUCUUUAGCCGAACUACAGGUUCGGGUAAAUGAUAGAAAUAAACCUCGUCCUUUGUUUACAACGGGACUGAUAGGACGAGAUAAUGCAGUUGCAAGGCAUGGGAUUCACGGGCUAUAUUGGUUGUAUAGUGUGGAUGUUUCGGGUUCUUUACUCUUAGAAGGAGAGAACACAUUUUAUUUCACACAACCGCGGGCCCAAAGUCCUUUUCAAUCCAUCAUGUAUGAUUAUAUUCGACUAGAAGGUCCAAGCUCGAAUUCGAAAAGUAUAGUUUGAAGUGUUUAUGA